AUGUCCACUGUCAAAAAAACAUUGCCAAGACCCAAGCAUCAAAAAUGUGAAAUUUGCCAGAAGAAUUUCUCAUUGUAUACAUCCUUUCAUAUAUAAGGUUACUCUAAUAACAUCAAUGCAAGAGAUGUCAGCGAGCAGUGUGUUGUGACUGUGGAAGAUUUAAAGCCAUUGUAUAAUUUUAAUAAAAAAACUAAGAUUGUUGAUUAUGAUUUAAAAACCUAGCAUAGAUGUUGUUAGAUUUGCAGAGAUGAAUAACUCAAUAUUUAAGAUAUAAUUGUUAAAGAAUAGUUAUCUUUUAAUAAGAAUUCCCUUAUCACUAAGCAAUGGCUCAAACAUUGUCUUCAAAAGUAUGUGGUUACUUUACAUUUAGUGUUCGAGAACAGGAUCUCACUGAAUAAUACUACAUAAUAUUAGGUUCAAGUAAAAAAAACUUAUCAGCUUCUGCUACUGAAGAGUUGAAAUCUAUACCAGCUAUUAUAAAUUAAGUAUUGUCAUCAUUCCAUAAAAAUAGGUUCGCAGCUAAUAUAACUAUUCUAUGAAGGAAUUCGACUAUUAUUUGACUAAAGAUUUAAUGGAAAACAUGCCAGCAAUAUUUAUAUAAUCCGUCUUACAGUGUUUGCUAUAUUCAAAUCCAAAUAUCCAUUGCACUCAAGUAAAAGAUUCGCAUUCAAUUUUAGAACAUAGUUUAGAUGGUUUAUUUUCUGUUGUAUUUUCAUUCAUAACCCCUUGUUUUCUACUUCCUUAAUUUUUUCAGAGAAGAAAUUUCUUUAGGAAGAUUUCUCGAUAAAAAUGAAAAGAUGGAGGAUGCUGAAAUUGAUUUUCUUUAAGAAAUUGGAAAAACCAAUUAUUUGAUCGAACCAACUGAUUUGCUUUAUUAUAGAAAAUAUUUGGAGAAACAUGCAGAAAAAAUGCUAUCCAAUGUUUUCUUCAAUUUUGUCAAUGUAAUACUUCACUAUUAAUUUAGGUGUAAUGUUUAAUAUUUAUUUAUGAUCAUGUUUUGAAAUUUAGAGAUUACUUUGAAUUAGAGAAAAUAGUUGCUCUGCUCGGAUCAUAAUAUUUAAAUGAUUUCAAACAGAAAGGGUUAGAUGAUGAGUAUUUCCUUAAUCAAAUCAUCAAGAAUACCAAGCAGUCAGUUUUAAAAGAAUAUUUAAGUAAAGAGGAUAGAAUUAGAUUAAAUGACAAGAGGUAAACUUAUUCAAAGAGUGAAGAUAUAUUUCUUUCGUAGUUCCAACAAAGAAUGGAUCACCAAAAUGAAACCAAAUAGAUUCUCUAUUUAUUAGAUGAUUGCAUAUUAAAAAGAUAACCUCUAAACAAUCAUCAUAAGUAACUCAUAUCACAAUUGAAUCAAAAAUAACAAUAAAUAAUAACAGAUUUAUUAAAACUCAACCAAAAUAAACCCAAAGAACAAGAUGAGAGUUAGUUAUAUCACAAAAUUGAAACUCAUUCUAAUUCUUCGACUCAAAUUAAAUUUGAUAAAAGUGAAUUAGUAGAUCAAAACAAAGCUUUGAUGGAGGAUUUCAUCUGA